AUGGAGGCACAAUAUCUCUCUGAUUUAGUGCAUCAUUCUCUUUUCGGAGGUCCUGAGUUUCGGCGGAUUCUUUAUAGCAAGGACCCACCAUUGUCGGAGGACAACAUUCAACUAGUCCAAGCGGCAAUGCUCAUGAUGGUGCUACAAGCAGCGAGAGAGGUGUUUGACAUCAACAGACGUAUUCGCACCCAAUGCUUCCCAGCACUAGUGUCCGUUAUACGUUCAUUGGGGUUGACCCGAGUACUCAACGGCACGGAGCAUUAUGGACAGCCAGCUAUCCUCGACGACUAUGUGCAUCAAGAGACCCUUGUGCGAAUUAUUUCCUGGGCAUAUCUUUUUGACAGUUACAUUGUUAUUUAUCAUCGGUCGCCACCACAUUUCAAAAUAGUCGAAGCGAAUUUCGGCCUCCCGCGACACGAUGCGCUUUUUGACACGAUAGACCAUGCUGAAUGGGAGAGUGUCAUACCGAAUACCGAUAGAUACUAUUCGCCAGUCUCUCUUAAGGUAGUGGUCCAACAACUGAUGGAUGAUCAGCCUAUUCACCCGAAUGAGAUGCUACGUCACAUUAACACUUUAUUUGCGCUUUCACUAGUGCUCAGUGCUCUACACUCUAUUCUAUUCGACAUCCAAGCACUGGGCAGUUUCAUCUAUGCUACUAACGCGUUGAUUCCCAUUGAACGUGCAUUAGACAGAUGGAAGGAACUAUACGAUAUGUUUUAUCCUGAUUUCCGGACGUCAAAGGCAUCGAGAUCCGGGUUCAUGAUCCACAGUCUCGAGUUUUGGUGGUUAGCGAAACGGUUCGUUCAACGGCCUGAUGUAGCUUUGAAUGGCGAAAAUUUUGCUGCGGAUUUCAUCAAAAGCUUCCAUGGCAUUGUUCAAGAACUGAAGGCCUCGAAUGAAGAUGGAUGA